AAACACCUGAGGAAGAAGUCUGUCAAAGAUGAGUUAUGAACUUAUGAUGCAUAUUUUUUUUUACAUUGGAAUGGACAAGGAGAUACCUUCUUACAUGUGUACUGAUCGUGACUUUCAUCCGAUUAGUAUUUUGAUAUUCUUGUUUAGAGGUCAAUGUUUGGCCCCACGAAAAUAUAGAACAACCAUGGAAGAUGACUAGAAUAUCAUCAAACCAAGAAGCUCCGGAUUACUACAUAACGAGAAGGUAUGUUACCGUGUGUUGAUAUCAAACGUCUAAUUCAAUUGCAGCAAGUUGUUUGGCUUCCUUGUUUCCUAAGCAUGAGUUUGUAGUGGUAAUUAUUGAAUUGUGCACGGAAAUGGUCCAUGGAUUCCCAACAUUGUUCUUUUCGGUCUUUUCCAACCCGGUUUUCUUACCCAUUUCCUUUACGCGCUCAAUUUUUUUUUAAUAGCAAAGGAGGACUUUUCCUCCGUUCUACAAAGACUUCCGUCCUGUUUCCUGAAAGUCCACGCCUUUCCUCCCCAGGGUCAUCGGUUUCGUAUGCUGAUCUGCUCCAUUUCCUCUUUUACUUCUCCAGUUUCAAAAUUUGCAGAAGCAAGAAAACGCUUGUCUUUCACUCUGUCUUCUCGAUCGUUUCCCUGGUUCAUGCGCUGCAUCGGCCGCCAUCAACCAGAACGCUUGUAAGUUCUCUCUCUGCUUGAGAACAGUAGAAGUGUAGAACUAACGGAUUCGUUGCUUAUUGGUGAUAAUUACUAGCUGGAAAUGAACGAGCGAUUAUUUCGUCCUCCGAUCCUAUACUAGUUUUAGUUCUCGGAGAAAACACAGUCCUAAAAAUUUCUCAUCGUUCAUUUUCGUGCUUUCUGGUUUUGGCAUAUCUUGCGUUAUAGUCCUUGAGCGUGCCGUGAUGUUGAACUUCAGCAGUUUGAAGCUUUAUUCAUCACUUUCUCUGUUAUUUCAAUUCGGAACACUGUCAUUUACUGUGCUUUUGAGCAUAUAUAAUUGAUUCUGGGGCUCGAUCGCGGUGGACUGACAUAAGUUCUGAUCUUAUCUUUAUGUUGUGAAGAAAUGAAUACAGGAGGUUUAACGGCGGUUGUAUUGGUGCUUUUAUCGUUUCUCUUGCACAAGCUGUGGUCGAGAAAGAGAAGUUCCGGCACCUCAAACAAUGUUGGUGAUGAUGGCUCCCCACAAUCAGACUCUAGUUCGCUGUCCCUGCCAAUCGGAAACUACGAGGUGUUUUUGAAUUUCAGAGGACCUGACACUCGUGAUGAGAUCACUGAAACUUAUGCUUAUAGCAAAUGGUGUCUCAAAGAGCUUGCCAAGAUUGUUGAACACCAAGAGAAAAAUGGUGAAUGCAUCAUACUCCCCAUCUUUUAUAUGGUGGAUCCCAGUGAUGUCCGUCAUCAGAGUGGACCUUACCAAAUGGCAUUUCAACAACACGAGCAGAAGAAUGUUGACAAAGAGACCAUAGGAACCUGGAAAGAGGCUCUAAGAAAGGUUGGAGCUCUAGAUGGAUGGCAUGUCAAAAGCAAAAACGAGAAGAUAGCUACAGCAGAUCUUGUUUGUUCCUCUGUAUGGUCACAUUUAAUGAAGAGUCACCUUGUAAUAGAGACUGGUAAGUUGUUCGGAAUUGACGAUCACAUAAAAUUGGUAAUGGACAAAAUGAGCCUCGAUUCUGGUGGUGCCACUGUUUUAGGGAUUCAUGGAACUGGCGGCAUAGGCAAGACCACUGUUGCAACGGCUGUCUACAACAAGUUAUGUACUCAAUUUGGAAGGUGCAGCUUCUUGGAUGAUGUACGAGAAAAAAUGAAAGAAAAUGAUGGUAUUAUUAGUUUGCAGAAGAAACUCAUUUCUGACAUUUCGAGAGUGGACAUUUUCGAACGCUUUUCUAAUGUUAGUCAAGGAGUCAGAAUUAUAAAAGAUAGAAUUUCUCAGGUCAAAGCUCUUAUAGUUCUUGAUGAUGUGGAUGAGGGGUUUAAGUUCGAAAACAUAUUGGGGAAGAUUGAGGACUUCAUUUCCGGAACUAGAUUCAUCAUUACUUCUAGAGACAAAAAUGUAUUGCUUAAAGUGACUGAAGAAUCCAGGUUAUAUGAAGUUCAAGAAAUGAGUCAUCCUCUUGCACUACAACUCUUCUGCUACCAUGCCUUCAGAAAUGAUUCUCCUUCAUCAGGUUAUGAAAAAUUGUCAGAAGAUGUUGUAUCAACUACUGGGAGACUUCCCUUGGCACUUGAAGUUACUGGUUCAUCUCUAUUUGGAAGAGAGAAAGCAUUUUGGGUUGACAAAUUAGCACGGUUGAGAGAAAUACCCGAGAAAGAUGUUGUAAACAGGUUAAAGAUCAGCUUUGAUACAUUAGACGAAGAGGCAAAAGAUAUUUUCUUGGAUAUCGCUUGCUUCUUUAUUGGAGAGGACAAAGAGAUAGCUUCUUACAUGUGGCGGGAUUGUAAGUUAUAUCCUGGUACUUAUAUUCAAAUUCUUGUUGAGAGGUCCAUGAUUAAGAUUGGGGAUAAGAAUCAACUCCAUAUGCACGACCAACUCAAAUAUAUGGGCAGAGAAAUUGUCCGCCAGGAAAACACAAGACUCCCAUGGGACAUAAGCAGGAUAUGGUCCAGGGAGAUAGCUUUGGGCUUGCUACGUAAUAAGAAGGGAACAGACCGAGUUGAGGGCAUUAGAAUACACCAUGAUUCUUAUAUGGAGGAGCUUGGAGUUUCGAAAGAAUGUUUCAUGAAGUUAUCACAGUUGAGAUACUUGGACAUAAAUGCUAGGAUGCUCAUUGACGACUUCGAUAGUUAUGUUCCAAAUUUAAGAUGGCUUCGACUGAAGAUGAUAGAUGGUGGGUGGAUGCCUAAGUUUAGUGUGGAGCACUUGGUGAUUCUUGAAGUCUCGAGCUUCAUGAGCUGUGUGAGAUAUAAGUUGGGAGCUUUGAGACAUAUCAAGAUGGCGAGCAAUCUCAAAGUUCUCAAACUUUCAGCUCACUGGCUAGACGAAUUUCCCGAGUUUCCACUUUCCGGGAGUCUUGAGAUAUUAGAACUGGAGAAUUGGUACCACAGUCGAUCGGUUAAGGACCAGGAUAUUAAUUGGUCUGAUAAAGGAGAAAAGGAACUGGAUAUUGGGAAUUUGGGGAACCUAAAAGUGCUGCGUCUGCGAGAUGGUGGGGUUAGGGAGAUAACGUGUGAAACCAUUAGGAUGAUGCCAUUGGAGAACCGAAAAGUGCUGCAUCUGCUUCCAUCAUCCCUAACCACCCUCCACAUUAUAGGGUGUUCACAACUGAAGUGGCUUCCCAAUUUGGAAAAUCUGGAGACCUUGAUCGACUUCUCCAUCGAAGACUGCCCCUUCGUGAAGGAGAUCCUUGGUCUUGGAGGGCUGAAAUCCUUGGAAACUCUGAGUAUAAGUGGUCUGAAAGAUCUGCGCAAUCUGGACGGUCUUGACAGUAUCUACUCUUUGAAAUCCUUGUCACUCAUAUGUUGUUUUGCAUUGGAAAGACUUCCCAGCAUGGCUUCUUUGAGCAAGUUACUUGAUUUAAGUAUCUCUUCUUGCUCUCAUCUCACAGAAAUCCAAGGCCUUGGAGGGCUGGGAUCAUUGCAAAUGCUUUUCAUUCAGGGUGCAAAAAGUUUAAGCCAUCUCUUUGGCUUUGAAACUCUCUUGUCUCUGAACAAGUUAGGAAGUAUAGAGAUACGUUACUGCCCUCUUCUCACGUUACUACCAUUCCAUGGCCUUGAUAGUGAAUGCCCAUCAGAAGCUCCGGUACUCAACUCUUUACGGAGGCUAUUCAUAAGCGAGACAACAGGUCUGGUGCUGCAGAUCUUUUGUCGGAUGAUUCAGCUGUUAAUGUUCCCGAAUCUCACUGUGUUGGUACUUAUUGGGGACGAGAUUGGUAUUACUGACACAGAAUUGCGGCUGGAUGGGCUCGAGUCUAUGGAAAAGUUGGUUAAACUGCACUUGUACAACUUGCGCUCAAUAAGGAGACUGCCUUCCUUGUCAAUGUUGGUGAAUUUGGAAAGGUUAAUUGUCAUAAAUCUUCCAAAUCUGCAAGAGAUUGAGGGCCUUGCUGGUUUGAAAUCCUUGGAAGAGCUAUGUCUCAUCAAAUGCACAUCCUUGGAAAGAUUGCCUGCGGAUCAGUUAUAUGGUUUGGAGCAAUUGAAAAAAUUGAAAGUGAAAAAUGUUCCAAGGUUGCGACUGAUGGAAGGCCUUGCUGGUUUGAAAUCCUUGAAAGAGCUAAGCCUCAUCAAAUGCACAUCCUUAGAAAGACUGCCAGCGGAUCAGCUAUAUGGUUUGGAGCAAUUGAAAAUGGUGGACAUCUAUGGUUGCACAAACUUGACCUUGACUGAUCUAUCUGCUCUAAGAGAACUAGAGUCGAGAGUGAUGAUAGAGUGGCCAAAUUCAAUCUCCAUACAUAACGAUCCUUUCGAGGACAGCGACGAUACUUGGUUUGUCAAAAGCGGCUACUUCGUUUGAGUGAUUGUGAUUAUUAAAUCAAAAUAUAUAAACAGACAGUUUGUUGGCUACUUAUUCAGUAUUUGUCUUCCCUCGUAUCACUUCUCUCUCAUCUGUGCACAAUGUGGACAUUCUGUGAUAGUCUACUCCAUGCAAUCUUUGACAGUUGAACUAAUUGUGAUGCAGUGGAAAGACUGCACAGCAAGUGUGUUGAUAAUACUCUAUACUCUGUGAAAUCAUUGACGGUUGAAGAUUGUGAUGCUUUGGCAAGACUGCCCGACAUGGCGUCUUUGAGCAAGUUGCUUGACUUAAGUGUCUCUCCCUGCCUUUGUCCAAGGUGUUUAAAGGGCUGAAAUCGUUGCAAAUGCUUCACAUUCUUGGUGCAAAGAGUUUUAAGUCGUAUCUUCAGUUUUGAAACUGUAUCGUCUCUCAACAAGUUAGAUAUUUGGAUCGCAUAUGCCCAACUGUCUAUCUUAAAGUCCAAAGGACAAAGUAAACAGACGAACAAAGCCAGCUAGUAGCUAACCUUUUUGUAACGGAUGAGGAAUUGUAACGGAUCAAUUUGACACAAUUGUCUCGUUUUGAGACAAUUGUUGUCUCGUUUGCCAGCAAAAAAUUUGGAUGGAUCAAUAUGCCUGAGGUAUUUUGAAUUGAUUCGUUUUGAGUCAAUUUCAAUUACCUGGGGUGGGGGCAGGUAAUUCUAAUUGACUCGUUUUAAUUAUCUCGUUUAUAAAACGAGACAAUUGAU